AUGUCUCCUCGAUCAAGAGGCGCAAAGCGCGUUACGGAAGCCUUCGCAUCUCCUUCGGUACACCACGUCUGUUCUUCUUGUCUCCAGACGCUGUCCAAGCGGAACUAUGCCUCUGCAGCAACUGCCAAAGCAAGCCUUGAUUCUCAGUCGCCUCCGCCUAUCACCCAACUGUCCCCGUCAGGACCUGAGGCGUCCCUGUCACCGCAACCACUCUACACAAUCAAAGCCGGGAUCGUCCUCUCCCGCCCGCCCCUGAUCACACCAGACCCUCAUCCGUUCGAGACAGCUUUCCAUCUCUAUCAACGCCGUCUCAACGAGCGCCUUGUAUUACCUUUCACACAGUACUUCUACUAUCGCCGCAAUACACCUGCAUUUGAACAAUGGCGCAAACACCGCCGCGAGCGAGGUGGCGCCGCAACACGCGACAUUGGAAAGUACAACGCGUACAGUCCGGAGGCGUGGAACGACGAAGUACUCGUGGGCGACGAGACUGGGAAACCGGACAAAAUACUGGAACAACUGAUCUCCGAAGAGGGCAGAGCUGACGAAUUCACCGGACAAGGGGAUCCUCGGUUUGCGGGCUUGAGGAGAGUCACGGAGGCGGAUGAGAAGAAUGACCAGAGGAGUCUAGAGAGGAGGCUUCAGAGGACCUUGUAUCUUUUGGUAAAGCUAAAGAACAAGGCCGGACAAGCCAAAGAGAAGGACAUUGCCGCUGACGGCGAGAAAUAUCUGUGGAGAUUCCCUUCUGGGCCGGUUGUUGGGUUUGAAGGGUUGAGAGAGGCGGCGCAGCGCAUCCUCUUCAGCUCACUUGGCCCUAACAUGAACACCUUUUUCGUCGGCAACCACCCUGUUGGCCACUACGUGGCUCGCUUUUCCUCACCACAACCGCGUCCAUCCACGCCGCCUUUGUAUAUUCCUGGAUCUUCCUCGCCGGCCGCUUUAGAAGCUACAGAACAUCGGUCCUCGUCGGCAACGACGCAGGUUGAGAAGGCCAACGACUCGACACCUUUAAAACAAGACCUCGCUGCAACACAGACCUUGGUCGACGGAGAAAAGACAUUCUUUAUGAAGGCCCGGAUAAUGGCUGGGCAAGCCGACAUUUCUUACUCUACCAAUCGGGCCAAUCCCAGCGGCAAGGAAGGAGAAACUUUACCGGAUACUAAAGUUCCAGGCGUUGGCAAGGGUGAGGCUAGGGACAAAAAGGGGGUUGUCGUCGAUAUGGGGUUGGAUGAGAUCGAAGACUUCAAGUGGUUGAGCAAAGAUGAGGUGGAGGCGCAUGUGCAUCCGGACUAUUGGGUCAGGGUGAAGAACAUGCUUGUGGCGCAGUGA